AGUUUUUGAUUUCCGAGUGGCCUGGAAGGCAUCACCGGCUCCGCCUGAGUUGAAUCAGAGUCAGUGGAGACACCUGUGAGAGCAGCAGGUGCUCCCAGUGCGUCUGUUGUGAUCUGAAGGAAAGAAUACAGAUAACUGCAGCUUGGGUUCAUCACUGACGAGGUAAAUCAGGAGGAUGAGGUACUUUACGUCUAAUUUAGUCUUCACCACUGGGCUGAUUAUGGGAUUUCUUUCCCUUCGCUUUCUGAUGGACGCGCACUUCUCAGUAGAGAGAGUCGCAUAUGUCAAGCAUGAAGUCAAACACGAUUUACAGCAUGUGCAUACAGUUGAGAACAAGAGCUCCACAGCCAAUUCCUCCAACACAGUACGGAUCUUGUGCUGGAUCAUGACGGGACCCAAGUUCUUGCAAUCCCGCACCAAGCACAUCAAGGAAACAUGGGCCAAGCACUGCAACAAAGUGCUGUACAUGAGCUCCGCCAAGACCGACUUCCCCACCGUGGAGCUUAACGUGACUGAAGGGAGGGAAAACCUGUACUGGAAGACCAUCCGCGCCUUUCAGUACAUCUACCAGCACCACCUGGACGAAGCGGACUGGUUCCUGAAAGCAGACGACGACACGUUUGUGGUCGUAGAGAAUCUACGCUACAUCUUGUCCAAAUACGAUACGGAAAAGCCGUUGUACUUGGGCAGAAGGUUUAAACCAUUCGUCAAGCAAGGCUACAUGAGUGGAGGAGCAGGUUAUGUCCUCAGUAAGGAGGCGCUGAGAAGAUUUAUCAAAGGGUUCAAUACUGGGAAGUGUACCCACUUCUCUACCAUAGAGGACAUGGCUCUCGGGAAGUGUAUGGAGACGAUGAAGGUGGAGCUGGCAGACUCCAGAGACGUGAAGGGGAGACAGACAUUUCAUCCUUAUCCUCCAGACCAUUACCUGGUCAGACAGCCCCCGAGAAAACGGCCGUGGUAUCUGAUUUACGACCACUACCGUCCAAUAGAGGGUCCAGGCUGCUGCUCAGAUUUUGUCGUGUCCUUCCACUACAUUAAAGCUGCCCAGCUGUAUGUGUUGGACUACCUGACGUACCAUCUGCGGCCAUACGGAUACAAAUACAGAUUUAAUCCAGAUGAAAAAACUGAAUCAACCACCAUUACUAGGCCCACAUGAAAUGUUGGUGUGUGCACAACAACCUUUGUACUAACUGGAGGACCGGUUGAGGGUAUCAGCAGGGUCUAGAGCCAAGCUUAACUUAUUUACCACAAGAUAUUUAACUUUUUCCAACCAUAACUGUAACUUAAGGCUUUUCAUGUUUAAAGAUGUGUUGAUUCCUUCAGCUCCCACAAAGGUCAGAUUUCAACUGUGAAAACUGUUCAUGAUGUUUGGGGAUUUGAGUUAGUGUGUUUUACUAAGCUAUAACUUUGUGUGUAGGAAGAAAUGAAAUGUAAAGAACAUGCGUGCCUUUAAUCUGUCUUCCUUAUUUUUGUCUUUUACGACAGUGAAAUGUGGAGGAGCAUGCAGGGAGUAUCUUUAGCCACAUUCAGAAAAAAAACUUAAAUGGCCGAUAGUAAAAAACAAAGCUGUUAAUGAUUAAGAGAAGAUUGGGUGAAGGCCAGUGAGAGCUGAUUUUUAAGAUUUAAAAAAUGAAAACAAAGCCGCAGUUUAUUGUACACUAGCCACCGAAAUAAGAAUGUACUGUCAAAUGCACAGUGACCUCACCUCACUGGCACUGUCCAGCAGUGUAGAAAACCAGCAGCACUGUAGCUCUGUCCAGAUUGUUAGGUUCAUUAUGUUCUGAAUAUUACACACUGUUGGUGUAUACAUUUCACUUUGUUGACAACAGUAUAUGAUUUCACUGUGAAUUCAAGCUGAAGCUUUGCUGCAACAACUUGCCGUGUAUUUAUUUUCCUUCUGCUAAAAACAAAGUGUGUUUUCUUCCACUUACCUGUCUUAUAUUGUCUUACACAUUUUUUGAACUACACGUAUUCACUGCCAGGAGUUCUGCUGCGAUCCACUGCAAGUCAGCAGUCUAUAAUUCUGUCUGUAUUUCAGACUUCCGAACUUAAUGAAUCCCAGUGCAUCUGCUUUAGAAAACAUGGACAUCCUCAGCAAACUGAUGUUUGCAUGUCAAGUCUGAGCUUCACAAGCUGCUACAGAGGACCCACAUAAGAUAUUACAACGCCAUUAGCGAAGAGAAAUGCUGUAAAAAAUAAGACAACGGGUGUGGAGUGUAAUAGUGUGAACAUCCACAGCCAAUAGCAGAAGUUGUAGACAUUUUUUUGCAUCUGUUUUUUGCUGUUAAGAUUCAUAAGACAAACACUACGCAACGUAAACCUGGUAAAAAGUAGCUAAUUUUUUUGUCCGAGUACGAUGAAUUGCAGCAUUUUAAAGAGGAUCAGUGCAACUCAAGUUUGGCGACUGCUUAGCUUUGUUUUGCAUAAAGACUGAAAACGGGAGGAAGCAGAUAGACUGUCCAAAGCUUGUCAGUUAGCACGUUCUAUCUCCUUUGUUAAUCCAUAGAGGUGUCAUCGGUGUCUACACUUCGAUUUUUGUAUGUGUUCUGAUAGCAGCUGUAUAUCUACAAGACAGAUAUGACAGUGGCAUCAACUCACUGAUCUAACUCUUGGCAAGAAAGUGGAUAACGUCCUGGUGGAACCAACAUCUAGCCGGGGACUCUUUGUUGCCAGUCAUCCUCGCCUCUUUUUCCACUCAUACCGCUCUACUGUCACUAAUAUGUCUGCAAUGGUUGAGACACAGCCAGAGGCUUUAGAUCAGCAGGACUGACGACCAUGUGUACCAGCUGUGUCUACUCAAAUAUCAAAUAUGUCAUAUAUCUGUGUUGCACUUUUGAAAGGGUAACUCAAAUGGACAAUCUUUAAGAAAUUAUAUUUUAUUUAUUGAAAAAGGGUUUACUCUGUUGAACUACCACGUUCUACGUUUACUAUUCCUUCUGGCACUUUUACAGUGUUAAACAAUAAAAUAUAUUUUACAGUCAAGUGUCUCUUUCCAUACAACAUUCAUCAUAAUGGAGGUUAAUAGAGUGUGUUAAGAUGACCUAAAACAACUACAGCGCAAGAAAUGAACAUUGAAGGAGCUACGACAUCGUGUGAAAACACAAUAAACAGGUUAAGAAUAAACCGCAUGUUUAGUUAUCAAGAUGUCCUUGAAGGCACCACUGCUUUGUGGACAACUCUUAAAGAAACACCUACGAACAGUGACCCACAAGAACAAGACAAAUCCCAGAAUGCAUUACCCUAGAAUAAAAUACAAAGUGUUUAAUACACUGUUGGCUCCAUAAACUACAUUUGUUACAACAGUAAUAUACAGAAACUAUAUUCACAUUGCAGGUGAAAGUGCCUCAAUUCUCAUGUUUUGCUCUGUGCUGUUUUCAUAUAGUAAUAUUGUCAUGACAUACUUCUUGCUGAAAUAUACAGUUGAACCGAACAGAUGUAGAUAUAACUGUGAAUAAUUGAUAUGUUGGUAGUCAUAGUAACAAACGGAAAUAUCUAUACUGUGUUGUCUGUCCACAACUGCAAGUCCUGCCAAGCUGCAUCGAACAGAUAGCGUGCUGACCGAGACUUUGAAUGAACUGUCUUGAGUUCGUUGGGAACUUUGUGCUGAGAUGUGAAAUCUUUUUGUCUGUUACCUUGUAUAGUUCCUGUCUUUGAGUUUCAUCAGCUCAGAGAACAGUUUGACGUCAGUGUGAUGAUGGAAGAAGUAGAGCUGGUUUGGCUAACCUGACGGCGCUGAGUGAUGACGAUGGGUUCAACAGGGAACUCGGACAAUGAAGGAGAACAGAGAUGCUUUUAUAUUUAGGAUUAGCUGAGCCGUUACGUUAGCUACGGAUGAUUGUUCUUGUUUGCCUGGUUUUCUUCUCAACAAACGAUUUUAAACACACACGUCAGUGCUGCACAGUUGAUGCCAACCUUACAUGAAACGAUUUUUCAAGAGAUUUCACUGUAGCAGACAAAUUUCUGAUGUUGGAUUAAAAUCAUGAGAGUCUUCUCUCAGUUGGUGCUCUCCUGUGAUCUCAAUCAUUUGAUAUAAGGCGGUCAUAAAACUCGGUCAGGGUUAGUCUUUUUUUUUUGUCUUAACAUUCCUAAAUCAAACAUGUUUAAUAUUAUCUUAAGUUUUUAGCCUUGGCUGGUACAAAAGCUGAACUUCAAUGACAUCAGCAUUGUCAACAACCAACAGCUGCGCUUGCUCCAAUACCAAACAGGAAGUAGCAAACCAGCUAGACUGUAAAGAGUGGUAGUGCUGUGGAGUGAACAAGACUCGGACACUUUAGGAAUUGUUAAUAUGUCAUAUUUCUUUAAGGGAGUUUGGCGUUGAAUUUCCAGCAGGAGCAGGAUGGGAAAUAAUCUCAAAAGGAAUUUAGUUGUAGUCUUGUAAAUAGUGACACUGCAAGAUCCCCAGUGUUUGACUAAACACUAACGUUGUCUUUAGAUGUGAGAUGGUGUAAGACGUAAAUGUUU